GGACGGUGUCGAAUUGUGCAGAUGCGAAACGAACGAAUCGCGUAACAUCAGACCAGUCGCAUGACACGACCGUGUCAACAGUUUCGAGAGCUUCAUAGGGUUGUAACGAGCAGAGAGCUAGCUAGGAUUAGGGUUAGGGUUUGGAUCUUUCUCUUCUUCAUCGCUUUCAUCGAUAGAUGGAGAUGGAGCGUGUGACGGAGUUUCCUCACACUCAUAUGGAUCGGCGUCCCAGGAAGCGACCUAGGUUUGCUUGGGACAUCUCUCAGCCUUCAAAGGAAGGGAAUACAAUUAUUAAUGGAGCGAGCAGAAUUUUGUUUUGAUAUUUGUUUAGUGGAGUAUGAAUGAAUGACUGUGUGUAGGCCCAGUCAGGACUAUAUUUUGGGCAAGAUGUUGGAAAUGUGACAAGUUUUGGACAAUCGAGGGUACUGUCGGACCAUGCUAGUCUAUUUGGAAAGGGAUUGGCUCAAAAAGGUUCUCCCCCGUGGCGAGACGAUGACAAAGAUGGGCAUUACCUGUUUGAGCUUGGAGAGAAUUUAACUUCACGCUAUAAGAUCCUCAGAAAAAUUGGUGAAGGCACCUUUGGUCAGGUUUUGGAAUGCUGGGAUAGGGAAGCUAAGGAAAUGGUCGCCAUAAAAGUUGUACGAAGUAUUAAGAAAUAUCGUGAAGCAGCAAUGAUAGAAGUUGAUGUGCUCCAGUUGCUUGGAAGGCAUGAUAGAAAUGGCAGUCGUUGUGUUCAAAUACGGAACUGGUUUGACUAUCGUAACCAUAUUUGUAUAGUAUUUGAGAUGCUUGGACCAAGCUUAUUCGAUUUUCUUCGGAAAAACAAUUAUCGCUCAUUUCCGGUUGAUCUAGUCCGUGAGAUUGGCAGACAACUAUUGGAAUGUGUUGCAUUCGUGCAUGACAUGCGUCUCAUCCAUACGGAUUUGAAGCCUGAGAACAUCCUUUUUGUUUCUCCAGACUAUGUAAAGAUACCUGAUUACAAGGCUGGGUUUGCGUCAUGGUUACCAAGAGAUGGAGCUUCGUACAAGAGGUUGCCAAAAUCAAGUGCUAUUAAGGUUAUUGAUUUUGGUAGCACAGCUUAUGGGCAUCAUGAUCACAACUAUAUUGUUUCAACUAGGCAUUACCGUGCACCUGAGGUUAUUCUUGGACUUGGAUGGAGCUAUCCAUGUGAUAUAUGGAGUGUUGGUUGUAUUUUAGUGGAACUAUGCUCGGGAGAAGCUUUGUUCCAGACCCACGAGAACUUAGAGCACAUGGCCAUGAUGGAAAGGGUUUUAGGCCCUUUGCCUCAGCACAUGUUGAAAAGAGUAGACCGACAUUCUGAAAAGUACAUUAGAAGGGGAAGACUGGACUGGCCUGAAGGUGCAACCUCCAGGGAAAGCAUCAAAGCUGUUUUGAAACUUCCCCGUCUUCAGAACCUAGUAAUGCAGCACGUAGAUCAUUCAGCUGGAGAUCUAAUAGACCUCCUGCAAGGUCUCCUUAGGUUCGAUCCUUCCAUCAGAAUAACAGCUUGGGAAGCGCUUAGGCACCCCUUCUUCACCAGAGAACCUCACAGGAGGUCUUGAGUGUGGAUCCUGGCACGGCUUAUUAUUUGUAUUGGAGAUUCUUCUUGUUUUCGGAUGGUUUUCUUAUAUGGCUUCUUGAAGAAGAGUGAAAAAAAUUGUCAACCUUUUUCUUCAAUUCUCGUGGAGCUCGUGUAAAAUGACCAACGUUAUGGGGUUGAAGCUAUCUUUUUCUAAGUUUUGUACUACAAAAAUUUUCCAGCUUUGCAUUUUGUGUAAACAUUGCGGAUUUGAAUGCGGACAAGUUUUUAUUCUGUUGUUCUGCCUGA